CUCCGCUGUGGCCCGGCAAUGCACAGUCUGCCACCGUGGAACGCUGGAAUUGCGUGAAUCCAUCCCCAGCCAGGCCCCUCCCCUCCAUCUCAUCAUCUCAUGUCAGCCAGCCAUUGAGACCGGGGGCCUCGAACCGAACCCUUUCGCAAGUUGGUCUCGGCAAGCCUAGCAGAUCCCCCAAUUAGCUACCCACAGUGUUCGUUGACCUGGAUCCGUCUCCUCAGUCUCUUGUCCAUGAGUCUCUCGGUCUCUUAGUCUCUGACCUUAUUCUGUGAGUACAUACGAACCAGCUGGAACUGACAACUCGACACCGUCUUGGUCAACACGCUACCUCCGUCUGCCUCCCGGCCCGUACCCGCAUCUCCGUCUCACCCAUUCCCUUUCCUUCCCUUCUCUCACUGUCUUCCUCUCUUCCUCUCCAUCUAUCAUCGGACGCGGCCGACCUCCAAUCGUCUCUCCGCCACCCACACACCACCCUGGACGCCUUGAAGACACACACACUUUCCUGCUAAUGCAUCUGUGAGCUGACACAUCCGGGGAAGGGCUUCCGGCGACAAGAACCCAGAACCCAGAAUCCAGAAAUACCCUCGCCCCCAGAGCCUCAUCCCCAGAAAGGCUUCUUCCCCCCUUCCCGUCUGUCUUCCCAAACCCAAACGGUCGUUUUGGUCGCCUGGCCCCUUGUUGCUGAUUGCUGCUUUAUCUUCUUCUUCUGCUACUUUCUCCUCCUCCUACUUCCUCCCUUUCUUUCUUCCGGCAAUGACUCUUGCAUCGUCUCCCGCGGACUCGUCGCCACCGUUCUUCGCCCCGGACCUCGAAGGGCUCGCACAGGCGCCCGCGCCCGUCGCCCGCGCCAUCCUCGUGGCGUUGUGUGACGACCGCCGCGUCCGGGCCCAGGCGUUGAGGCAGCUCGGCCGGCUGCUGCGCUUCGAGGCCGACGUCCGCGGCCGGGAUCCCGUCGUGGGGAGCCCCGACUCCCCGGCCACUAGCCCAUCGAAUCCCAGGAAGAGGAAGGCCACCGGCGAGCCCAAGAUCUGCGUCCAGUGCGACUGCAUCUUCACCGACAACGAGAACACCUUUGGGGCGUGCUGGUACCAUACAGACAAGCUGGAGCUCUGGGACGAGACCCAAAUACCCACGCUCUGGGACGAAGUAACGUCAGACGAACUCGACACGGAGUCUAACCGCGCCGAGUACCCGGCGGCGUUCCGGUGGUGCUGCUGCGAGCGGCUCGGCGACCGGCCGGGCUGCGUGCGCGGCGAGCACGAGGCCAACCCGGACAGGAGCAAAAAAGGCCGCGGCAACGAGCUCUCGGACCCUGAGGACGACCCGCUCGAGCUCGACGGAUCAGGGGACCUGGAGCUGGAUCUGCGGACGCCGCACCAGCAGCACUACACGAUCACGAACUCGCAGGAGGGCAUCCGCAAGUUACCGACGCAUCAGCACCAUGAACAACAUCAGCACCAGCAGCUUCGUCAGCAAUGAGGUUGGAAGAAGGUUUUUUCCCCCCCCUCGGUUUUUCGUUUGGACGGAGAGAAAACACGCGGGGGCUCGCUCGGUUCCCAUCAUCCUUGGAACCAUGCCGUGGUCAAUGGCAUGGUUCCAUCGUCCUCGCUCCCCCCCCCUCGAAAAGCAACCGGUUCGGGUAGACCGGUCAAGGGGAAUUCCUCUCGUUUUGAGUUCCGGUCAAUCGGGUGUGUUCCCGGUCUCCCGCCCGGCCCUGCUACGGUCACUCGGUCAGACAGUUUCGACAAGCCACGCGUAAUUUGAAGCAGCCAGGGUUGGGGGAGAGGGGGGGCAUGGACAUGUCACGAGGCAAAAGCAUUACUUGGGAGGCAUAGCAUUGGCAAAAAGUCUGAUACACGCACUCGAAAGAAGCUAUGGAUCUUGGGUGUUGGAUCGGAGGAAGGAAAACUGUUUCGAUCGGGUUGCACAUCUAAUCUCUCUCCUGCGGACCUUCAAAUCGAAAUCGGAGUCGAACUGGACAGGAUGAGAAGAACAUUCGGCUCACAGCACACAGCACGCAUUGGCAGAAGUGUA